AUGGUGGACGACAGCUGCCUCUCGCCCAGUAACUUCCACGAGAUGGUGAAAGGAGGGGGGACGGCAAUGGGCGGCCGCGUCCACAGCAUUGAUGUCAUCCUGGGCUUCAGCAAAGACCAGGACCCCCUGCUCAGCCCAUCUGGGGGCCCAGGGCCCCACAAAGUGGGCGUGGAUGACCUGGGGGACCCUGGGAAGCAGGACCCAUCACAUCCCUAUGGGCACCUCUCAGAGCAGCAGUCCUACCAUGGUGAGUCUCUUAAGUGUGAGAUCAACACUACACUGGACAUACUGUAA